UAAUGGAGAAUGUAACAGAAGUAUUAAUUAAAUCAUUUUUAGUCUAAAACCCUCUAUAAAUAACAAAAUUAUAACUCAGUUAAAUUGUUAAAACAUCAAUUUCUCUAUCCAUUCCAAUUUAAUUUCAAUUUUAAGAAAUUGAAAUUUCAUAAUUAUCAGGAUUUUUCCUUAGAGAACAAAAUAAAUUUCAACUAGAUGUUUAAAUCCAAUGCAACCAUAAUGGCUUAGUAAAAACUGAAAUGCAUGUCUGUCAUUCCUGUUAAAGUUAAUCAAUUUAUGCUCAAACAUUUUAAUGCCAGGAAUCAAUUCAAAAUUCAUUAAACUUUCAAUUCAAUUAUAAAAACUCAAUAUCACAAAUGAAGAACAAUAUUUAAUUAGU